AUGUCGGCUCCUAUCCGAAACCUGCACAGAGGUGCCGCUCGCGCCUUCUCGCAGAGCAGCGCGUCCCUCGUCUCACGAACAAGCCCGGCAUGCUCCUCCUCCAACCCGAUCGCUUCGUCGUCCUCGAGCUCGCCAAGGGCCAAGCAGCACAACAGGCGACAGAAGAGGAAGAAGGAUGACAUCCUCCGCAAGGCUGUCGAGAUGUACCACCUCACUCCGUCGUUCCUUCCGAGCCCUCAGCAAUCCUCUCUGGCCACGUCCGCCGGGCAGAGCUCGGCUUCCGCCUCCGCUUCGUGGGAGUCUGCGCUCGACAACACAAUCUACUCUUCCAUCCUCAACACAGACUCAGUCUCCCGACGAUCUCCCAACCUUGUUCCCAGAGGCUUGUCCGAAUUCUCACGCGAGCAGUCACAGCGUGCUGCUUCCGUUCCCGCCUUCGGCAACACCGAAGAGCUGGCGUCUAGCCGCGCCAAGGAUAUCCACUCCUUUGCAUCGGACCUUACCAGCACGACCUUCCUCACACGCAGAGAGAGGGAAGCCGCCGCAGCCGACCUAUCCUCAGCGAAGCGAUCCCAGCCUAACAAGGGCGCUGCAUCGUCGCAGCAGAACAACGCUGCCGGCCUGGACCACUUUACCGACGCCGACAUCGCCAUGUACCAGAGACGACACGACCAUGCCGCCGGCGCUGGCUCCUCGUCCGGUCUUGACAGCAGCAGAUACUCUGGCGCCGAGAGAUUAACUCACCUCGACCGUAUCACUCCCGGUGGAAACGAGUGGUACCGCAGUCAAGGGCUCGACACUAGAAGCGCCCGUGUCCGCGACGCCAUCUUUGGCACCGUCAACGGCGAAUUGCCCGGUCUCGAAGUCAUCCGCGAGAGGAUCGCAAAAAUGAGGCGUGAGAACGCCUCGCAGAAGCCGACUUCCGACUGA